AUGGGGAAGUUCCCGGAAGAGGUAACUGAUGCCGCAUGGGCGGUAUGGUUUACGCUGGGAUUUCAAGUUGACCCUAGGACACAGGAUUCCCUGAAGAAGCGAGUCAAGGCCUCCGUGGUUUUUGACAUGUCGAUCCCGGACGCAGAUUCUCAGAUCGGGCGAAUGUUUGACGGCAUGGCGGCCGCUUCACACCGAGACCGCCAGGAGUGGAUUAUUCGAGAAGAAAGUGCUGACAUCGUAAAGAUCAUUACGGAGGCGGUCAAGCCAGUGUCACUCCAUCGGGCAGUGACGGAGCAGAUGGCGCGAAACAAGCCCCUGAAGAAGGACGUGUACCGUUUCGCGCCGACUAGUUCGACGCCUGGCAACGGCUGCUUGAAAUGUAAAUCCACCACUCACAAGGUCCGUGAGUAUCCUGGAAUCACGGACAAUCACGACUGCUUAAAGCACAUCGUCGGGCGCUUGGCCAAAAACGUGGUGACUGGAGCCGUGGUGACGGUCGGGCUGACACCGGCCGAGGACUAG